AUGGUGGAGCUAAUUAUACCAAUAGAUUUGUAUGUACCUGAACAAACUGAACUAGCUACAGUUUUGCAGAAUGAGUUGAGUACAGAUUUUGAAGAAGUUACAGUCGAAUGGGUGGAUUGUCCUGAUUUGACUCAGGAACCUUUCAAUCUCGCAACACCAGGAUUAUGCGGUGAUACAGCACUUUUAGAUCUCGGUGGUAUCUCAAAUCUUUUUCCAUUUCCGUUAAAAGACAAAAUUUACUUCCAAAAUAUCUUACAAAAAGUACUUGAUCGUACUCAAAGUGAUAACUUGAUCAUCGGAGGAGGUCUUUGUACAAAACAAUCAAAUGAACUAUUAGUCGAGCUGAUUAUGAACGCGUCAUUCUCACCAGCAGCGAAUGGAACGAUGACAGUUAAGAAUAAAAGUAGCUUUGCAUCAAUAGAAAUAACACAAAAGAAAAAAUAUUUUGUAUUAAAAUCCUUAACUGACACUAAUCCUUAUUGCAAUAUAUACGGGAACUUCUUCGUUAGCAAAGGUCUGCGAGAACAAGUUCUCAAAGUACAUGCUAAGCAUCGCACUGGUCGUGACUUUAUAGUUGCACUGCAGCACGCAAUUAAACGAUUUUCAAAAUCUUCACAACUCAUGGGUAAGAAAUAA